AUGCAGGAGAGCGAUCAAUGGGACUUCCAAACCUCACUGCAGGACAGUGACGAAGGAAUCGAUAUUCAAGAUACUGAUUUGGAAUCAGAGUCUGAUUACUCUGUACACACGUCUGACAAUGACUUCAUUGACCCGCAGGACGACCUUAACAUAGGAGACUAUGACCCGAGUUACACUGACGAUCUCUCAUCGUUGGCAUCUUCGAACAAUGAUUUUCAUGGCAAGCUGUGGGAUAAAGGCAAAUAUGACGAAUUCGAUGUUCUUGACAAGCGGCAUAUUGAAGGUGCCAAUGGCAAAGUAUCACAGGUUUUGAUACAAUGUUGGGUUGAAGAAAGCAUUGUCCAGGAUUUACUCGACCUUCUUCGUGUCUAUCGUCAAGAGACACAAUGA